AAAAACAGUCGGAAUUCGAGGGUGGAGUGUUGCAGUGAAGCAUUUCCCGCAAUCAUCAAUUUUUUGUGGAUAAACUGAAACCUCUGAAGCAGCUCGGAUUCGCCAUCGUUUUUGCUGAUUUUCUACUUAUCCGCCUCGCUAACCACUUCAAUCGGCUGGAGCUUCCGAUUCCCGGCGAAUCUGUGACCGGAGAGAACCAAAAUUUUCGCUUCUUUCAAUGAGAGCUCUGUUCUGUUGAUUAGUUAGUUUAUUUUUGGGAAAUGGCUACUGAGGAUUACAAAUCGCUCGACUGUAUAUCAGUUGAAGAUAUAGCGGCUUUGGGCAUAUCCAAAGACGAGGCGGAGGAGCUUCAUCGGAAGCUCGCCGGAAUUGUGCAGACAUGCGGCGCCGGUAGCCCUCAAACAUGGCACAACAUCUCGAAGAAUCUUCUCACGCCGGAGCUCCCAUUUUCUUUCCAUCAGAUGAUGUACUAUGGCUGUUACAAAGAUUACGGACCUGAUCCUCCGGCUUGGUUGCCUGAACAUGGGAGUGUAAAUUCGACUAAUGUUGGCAAGCUACUGGAGGAGCAUGGAAAAGAGUUUUUAGGGUCCAAAUAUGUGGAUCCUAUUACAAGCUUCCGAGAUUUUCAGGAAUUUUCAGUCUCAAACCCUGAGGUUUAUUGGAAAACUCUGUUUGGAAAAAUGAAUGUCUAUUUCUCAGUUCCUCCUGACUGUAUUUUGCUUGAGGAUCCGACCUUCCUAGGUGGUCACUGGCUUCCAUCUGCUACUACAAAUCCAGCAAGCAAUUGCCUGAGAUUGAGUGCUGAAAGGAAACUUGAGGAUGUUGUUGUGAUAUGGCGUGAUGAAGGAGAUGACAACACACCAUUAAAGACAAUGACUCUUGAGGAGUUAUCCAAAUCUGUUUGGCUGGUUGCUCAUGCAAUAGAAACUCUGAAAUUGGAGAAAGGCUCUGCCAUUGCUAUAGAUAUGCCAAUGGAUGUUAACUCUGUGGUGAUCUACUUGGCCAUAGUACUUGCUGGCUAUGUAGUUGUUUCCAUUGCUGAUAGCUUUGCACCAAAUGAAAUAUCUACAAGGCUAAAACUGUCAAAAGCAAAAGCAACAUUCACUCGGGAUCUUAUUCUUCGGGGCAGCAAAGAAAUUCCGUUGUACAGGAGAGUUGUAGAUGCUGAAUCACCAAUGGCAAUUGUAAUUCCCACAAGAAGAACCGGCUUCAGCAUGGAAUUGCGUGAUGGCGACAUUUCCUGGCAAAGUUUCCUUGAGAGAGCAAAUGCUUCCAAAGAUGUUGAGUAUAUUGCUGUUGAGCAAACAACUGAAGCAUACACAAACAUACUUUUCUCUUCAGGAACGACAGGGGAGCCAAAAGCAAUCCCUUGGACUGUUGCUACUCCUUUUAAAGCUGCUGCAGAUGGUUGGUGCCACAUGGACAUUCGGAAAGGUGAUAUAAUUGCUUGGCCAACUAAUCUAGGGUGGAUGAUGGGACCUUGGCUUGUUUAUGCUUCAUUGUUGAAUGGAGCUUCAAUAGCUUUAUAUAAUGGAUCCCCCCUUGGUAGAGGCUUUGCGAAGUUUGUUCAGGAUGCUAAAGUAACGAUGCUGGGUGUAAUCCCUAGUAUUGUGAGGGCAUGGAAAAGCACAGAUGCACCUGCUACUUAUGACUGGUCAAGUAUUCGCUGCUUCGCGUCUACUGGCGAGGCAUCAAAUGUAGACGAAUACCUCUGGCUGAUGGGCAGAGCUAAAUACAAGCCCGUGAUCGAGUAUUGCGGUGGGACUGAAAUUGGCGGCGGAUUUAUUACCGGUUCCUUAUUACAGAAUCAAUCUCUUGCAGCUUUCAGCACACCCGCAAUGGGUUGCCAUCUGUUUAUUCUCGGUGACGAUGGACUUCCACUACCUCAGGGCAGCCCGGGAAUGGGCGAACUGGCCCUCUGGCCGCUCAUGUUUGGAGCUUCGAGCACUCUACUGAAUGCCGACCACUACGACGUGUAUUUCAAGCAAAUGCCAGUUUUGAAUGGAAAGGUUCUCAGACGACAUGGCGAUGUCUUUGAGUGCACGUCGAGAGGAUUCUACCGCGCACAUGGCCGUGCUGACGACACCAUGAACCUCGGAGGCAUAAAGGUGAGCUCAGUAGAGAUCGAGCGCAUCUGCAACUCAGUCGACUCGACCAUUCUCGAAACGGCGGCAGUGGGAGUGCCGCCAGCCGGUGGCGGGCCUGAGAAGUUAGCCAUCGUUGUCGUGUUCAAGGAUCCCGACGAAGCCGCAACAGACACCAGCAAUCUGGCUGCUUCUUUCAACUCUGCCCUGCAGAAAAAACUUAAUCCUCUCUUCAGGGUGUCUGAUGUUGUGCCCCUUACUUCACUUCCCAGAACUGCCACAAAUAAAGUCAUGAGGAGGGUUUUGAGGCAACAGCUUUAUCAAAAUGGUCAAAAUGCUAAACUUUAAUUUCUUCAUUUUAUGUAUUACUAUCUUGCGCAAAUUUGUUCCACUCAAAUAUGAUAUAUUCCUAACUAAUUUGUAUCAUAAAAUGGUUGUUGUUAUGCUGAA